GUGACGCGCGCGGCCCGGGAGCUGCGGACGCGGAGGCAGACCGAGAGCCGGAGUCACGGACGCCGUGGGGGUCUCCGGGACAGGAGCCCUCAGUGGUGAUCCAGAUUCUGUGAAGCAGCUUACUGGGACCCUGGCUCAGCCAGCCAAAUGGCAGCCACGCUGGAUUUGAAAUCCAAGGAGGAGAAGGAUUCAGAGUUGGACAAGAGGAUCGAGGCUCUUCGGCGGAAGAAUGAGGCCCUCAUCCGGCGCUACCAGGAGAUCGAGGAGGACCGGAAGAAGGCUGAACUGGAGGGGGUAGCCGUCACAGCACCCCGGAAGGGCCGCUCACUAGAGAAGGAGGAUGCGGUGGUGGAUGUGGAGAAGAGCCUGGGCCCCCCUCGGAGGUCUCCUGGAGCCCCUCGGCCCUCAGGGGCCAGCAGGGGAGGUCGGCCUCCCCCACGGCAGGGAGGUCGGGCAAGCCUGGGCCGGGGAUCCCAUGGCUGGGAAGACAGUUCUGGGGAGCAGCCUCGAAGGGCUGGAGGCCGAGGCCAGAGGGGCCGGGGUCGGGGCUCCCCUCAUCUCUCAGGAGCAGGAGACGCUUCAACCUCUGACCGCAGAUCGAAGGAGUGGGAAAAGCGACGCCGACAGAACAUUGAGAAGAUGAACGAGGAGAUGGAGAAGAUCGCCGAGUAUGAGCGGAACCAGCGGGAAGGGGUGCUGGAACCAAACCCGGUGCGGAAUUUUCUGGACGACCCCCGACGUCGCAGUGGACCCCCGGAGGAGCCUGAGCGGGACCGUCGGGAGGGCAGCCGCCGGCACGGGCGCAACUGGGGGGGCACCGACUUUGAGCGGGUGCGCUGCGGCCUGGAACAGGAGCGGCAGGGCCGCCGGGCUGGCCUGGGCGGGGCUGGCGACAUGACACUGUCCAUGACUGGCCGAGAGCGCUCAGAGUACCUGCGCUGGAAGCAGGAGCGGGAGAAGAUAGACCAGGAGCGGCUGCAGCGACACCGCAAGCCCACGGGCCAGUGGCGGCGCGAGUGGGACGCAGAGAAGACAGACCGCAUGUUCAAGGACGGCCCGCCCCCUAUGCACUCCCAUGAAGCUACCCACCGUCACGAUGAUCAGGCCUGGGCCCGGCCCCCAAAGCCCCCCACAUUUGGGGAGUUUCUUUCACAGCAUAAAGCUGAGGUCAGCAAUCGCAGGAGAAGAAAGAACAGCCGACCCCCGGCCAAGGCAGCACCCCGUGCCUACAGUGACCACGACGACCGCUGGGAGAUGAAAGAGGCAGCAGGGUCCCCUGCCCCGCAGGAGCCCCCUGUGCAGCCUCCAGAGACCCAGGCCCCUGUCCACCGGCCGCCUGAGGAUGAGGGCGAGGAGGACGAGGGCCAGGAGGAGGAGGAGGACCUCGGGGUUGAGGAGGAUGAAGAAUGGGAGGAUGUGAGUGAGGACGUGACUGAGGAUGAAGAGGAGGAGGAGGAGGAAACUGAGGAAGAAGAGGGUACUGAGGAACCGGAGCAAGCCCAAGCCCAAGACCACUCGAUCCUGGAGGCUGAGCCCACAGGGGACCCCACCCCAGACCAGGCCAACCCAGCACCUUCCAGGCCCCACCAGCCCCUGAAGCCCCAGGAACUGGAGGAGCCCCACGAGCCAGGGGAGCCUGAGGAGCUCUCCCCAGCCCCAGCCACGCCUUCCAGCCCCUUCUCGACACUCACCAGCCACCAGCCCGUGCCUGACUGGGGAGGCGACCCUCCAGCACCUGCCUCCCUGGAGAGUGGGCCCAGCCUCCCAGGAGCCCUGAAAACUGAAGAGGAGGGGUCUGAGGCGACUCCAGAGGCGGGGCCCGAGAGCCAGGAGACCACGGAGAUCACGGACUUCCGCAGGGCCACCCCGAAUUCCUGAAGACGCUGCUGGGCGGGGACGGAAGCUUCGGGGCCUGGUGCGGAGGGGGCGGGCCGAGGGGGUGACUGGCUCUGCAGGCUGUGCUCUUUCCAGGAACCCACUGAGACCCCAGGGCCCUGGGGAGCGGGAGAGAGAGCGAGGGUGGGUGCUGGAGGUGCAGGGGGCAGGGGCCUGGCUGGGGCGAGGGGUGCAGCUGGAACCCCGCAGGCCCAGGGUAGACUGAACACUCUGGGGUGGCAGGAGGUGAGGAACCCAGGGCGCCCGCUGCUGGGGGCGGGGCUACGGAAGCGGGCAGGACCUAAGAUCAAGGGGGCGGGGCUAGAAGGAUGGGCGGGGCUUCGGG